GCAUGCAUAUUCAUUGAAGAUAUUGAGAAAAUUGUGAAAUCUAAAAAAAAAGAUAAUAUCUGUGAACUUUGGAACUUUCAAGAACUUAUGUUUCGAAGUGUGAUAUUAACUAUAGCUUCCCUGUCCUGACAUCCAGCAAAAUGUCGGACAGUUUAUCGGAUAUAACGGACCUUUCGGAGCUUUCGCCCUCCACAACGACUAUUAGUACAGUGGCAGUACAAUCUGGUCGCUCAAAAGUUGUACUCGCAAUAUUACGAGGUGCAGAAUGGAUCAGAGUGCGCGUACACCAAAUGGAACCAGACCUGAUGGACGUAGGGUCCACACUCGAGGAGGCACUCCAGUAUCAGAGAGAACACAACGAGAUGUUGGCCAAACUCAAGGCCAAGGAAGACGAGGUAAAGAAGAUACUGUGUAGUGCUGACUCAUAUGUGACUGAGAACCCGUCCCAGGCUGAUGUGUACAGUGCCAUGGCCGACACACUCAGCGAGGCGUGGAGAGAGCUCAACAAAAAACUCGAGGCUCGUAGCCUCAUUCUGGAGCAGAGUGUGGAAUUCCACAAAAGUGCACACGAGUUUUCGUCAAAAAUGGAGCAAGCACAGGGUAAAUUUUCGACCUCUGUGCCAACCCAUGACGUUGAAACCGCCCGCCACCUGCUACAACAACACCAAGAAAUCAAAACCGGAAUAUUGGAAGCAUCAAAAUCGACACUGAAUCAAGGACAUAUACUACUCACACGCAUACGAGAAAUGGGUAUGCAUGCGGACUUACAGAAUAGACACGCUACCACCGCCGCGUGCUAUGGAAUAGAACAUCUACUAGAACUACUGCAAGACCGAAGACGAAGACUUGAGGACAUCUGGGAACAGCGUCGGAUCCGACUGGAACAGUGCUUCCAGCUGUGUCAACUGGACAUGGAAGUCAAUAAGGUACUGGACUGGUACAGAACCGUUGGAUCCACGUAUCUGCAGAAGAGUGAACUGGGCGAUUCUUUCCAUCAAGUCCAGCUUCUGCAAGAAGACCAUUACAGAUUUGAAACUCAAGCAAAACACAUACAACAGACGGUUGUGCGACUGGUGCGUGACGCCGACCAGCUCUUGCGCCGUGCCAACAUGGACGCUGAGGGCGUGAGGCGACGCCUCCAGACCGUCGACCGUGAAUGUGAAGACUUUAGAAAUAAACUGGACACCAGACGUAAAAACAUCAUGAUGGCUGCGUCAUUCUUUGACCAGGCAGAAACGGCUCUAACAAAAUUGGAACAGGUUGAAGUCCAAUUAAACAGCAUGGACUUACCGAGGAAUAGUACAGCGCUUGCAGACAGGCAUGCUCAGUUGUCUAACGCCAUCGUGGAAGCUUCCACCCAGGCUCUACGAGAGGGGCGCAUCCUACUGGAGAGGGUCAGUAGGGAGGACCCCGGAGCUGAUGGCGUCAGACGCAGGAUGACUCUGUUGCAAGAUCGCUGUGCUAGUUUGGAGUCCCUGUGCAAGGCGCGACGGGCAGAGGCUUGGGAGAGAAGCCAGGCCUACCUGCAAUUCCAGGAACACUUCAACAGCCUACAAACAUGGCUGACAUCAAUUGGCCAGGCCACCCUUAGCCAGCAUGCGGACAUGGGAACUCGCCUUGAAACAGCGGAGGACUUCUUAGAAAUUCAUGAACAACUAGAACAAGACUUAAGGGACAAGAAUGCGGAGUUGGAAGCCUUGUUUGAGGCGGGAGUAAACUUGGUCAAGUCAGGGGACCAGGAAGCUCAGACCGCUGCAGGGAAGGUUGACACGCUACACAAACAGAUGCAGAAGCUGCAUCGUAUUGUUGAGGUCCGCAUUCAGCUGUCCCUUGUCUACCUGUCAUUCCACAAGCUUGUGCAACAGCUAACUACUAGCAUGAGUGGGCUAGAACACAUUCUGACGUCGGAGACUGAGAAUUUGCACGAUCUCACCGACCAAGCUAUGCGCCAUACAGAGGAAAUGUACACAAAGCUCAGCCAACUGUACAAUGAAGUGCAAGACAAAGGAAAAUUAUUCUUCCAGAAUUCUUCUACAGUUACAGAUGACUCAACGCUGAACGUAAAGGAGUCUGUCCUCACUGUGGAGAAGAUAGUCGCUGAAUACAGUGAACGUAUGAACUACAUAAAGACGGUGUGGGAGUCAUGGCAACAGAAGGUAUCCACCAGUCGUCAGUUCAAAUCACAGUGGCAUCAGUUCGUCCAGGAUGCCCGCAAGACAAUAGAUUGGGUUUUGAAAAUUGAGAACGACUUUUUCCCCGUAAUUGGCGGGGACUUGGGUACAUCCAUAGAGACGGCCAAUGAAUUCCAGCACAGACUCGAUGAGUUUACCCCUACAUUCGAGAGUGCUAUUGAAGAACUUGACAAGCAUCUUAGUACCGCUGAGCUUAUGGAAAUGAAGGGAGAUACCAAAGGACAAAAAGACAUGAUUGUCAACGAGCUUGUCAAGGUUCGGCAGCGCUUCCAGGCGCGCAUACAUGAGUAUCGCAUACUCAUUAAGAUGACCAUUCAGUUCUUCCGUAACUUGGACCAGUUGGACAAGUUAAUUGAGAAGACAGAGAAGGAAUACACUCAGUCAGAACUGCCAUCUGACCUUUCGCUUGCCGAGAGUUUGUUGGAGGAGCACAAACGUAAACAGAAAGAAGUCUCCUCACUCAUAAACUUCACCUCAGGCGAGGGAGAGAAAAUUGUCGUCCGUGUACGACAAACGGAUGCUGAGGCAGCAGCACAGGAGGAUGUGGAGCGUGUCCUCAUGGUGACCGCCGAGUACAAGCAGAGGUGGAACCAAGCAUGGGAGGAACAAGAGAAACGACUCAAGCAGAACCUCCAGAUCUGUCAAUUUAACUAUGAUCUCAGACAGAUCCACUCCGAGAUUGAUGACCUCCACCAUCAUCUCCAGGCCCGGCGCGGUAGCUAUGGUAACUCACUACCAGCUGCCCGUAUGACAUCACAGGCCUUCAAACAGUUUGAAAUGACUGUUCAGUUGAUAGAGAAGAAGAUCGAUAUGUUCACCAGCACUGCACAGGUGAUGGUACAGGACCAACAUUAUGACGCGAUCCAUAUAGGACGCGAAAUUGAUCUUCUGAAGACGAAAUGGAGCACAUUCCAUACGAGUGUUGGCAACUACCGCAUGUUACUCGAUGUUUCCAUCACAUACUUCACCCUUAUAGAAGAGUCAGAGCAAUGGAUUCGGGAGGGAAACACCCUUCUGAUCAACAUCAGUCGGCGUACGCCGGAGUGCCGUAAUCCAGAGGAUGCGGAAACUCUCGCACGCUCGCUCAACUCUUUCAUGGAGACGGGUAAACCUCGACAGGAAGACCGGCUGAAACACAUAUCAGAGCUAGCUGUAGAGCUGUACGGUAAUGAAGGACCAACCAAGGUUCAUCACCUCUUUGUCAGUAACCAGGAUCUGAUGACGUCUGCCCAACAGAUGGAUGCCGAGAUCGCCAAAAUACACCAAACUCUGGUACAGGCACAGAUGGCGCCACCAGUCCAAGAGGAUGUUGUUCCCAUGGAGGUUACCGUGACAGCAUCUGCUGCUGUUGCCAAGCAACCACCGAAAAUCACGCUGCAUCUCAGGGACGCAGAAGUGAUGGAGGGUGAAAAGGUCACAUUGGAAUGUCAAGUACAAAGUGAACUCCCACCAGAGGUCACAUGGUACAAGGACAACCUGCCCCUUAACAGCCCUGACUAUGAGACCAAGUUUAAUCUUGGGUGUGCGACCUUGACCAUUGAGGAAACAUUCUCUGAGGACACAGCCCGAUACACCUGUCGUUUUACUAACGAAGUCGGAGUUGCCGAAAGUUCAUCAUAUUUACAUGUUAGAGAAACACACCAACAGAUAAUCCCCCCUGACUUCACUCGUAACCUGAAGUCAGUGGAUGUGUUAGAAAGCGGUUCUUUUGCUUUCGAAUGUCAUGUGACGGGAAUCCCGUCCCCCACGAUUUCGUGGUACAAAGAUGAUAUUAACAUUGACAGCUCUCCUGAGUAUGUCAUUACUAAAAUCAACGGCACAUGUUGUCUCAAGAUGCGUAAAGUGCUUCGCAGUCAUAAUGCCCGUUACACAUGUCAGGCCAACAACCCAGGCGGCGAGGCUUCUUCAUCAGCCCGCCUCACUGUCAUCCCUCUUGAGAAACCAGUUAUUCACAGUAUGUCGGAAGACGUCAACAUCCCUGAGGGCAAAAGCGUCAAACUGGAAAUUAUCUUCUCAGGCUCACCGACCCCAGAGGUCACAUGGUAUCGAAAUGAUGAUCGCAUCUCACCAAGCUCUGUGUAUAAGAUCACCAUAGAGCUAAACAGAUCAGUAUUAGAAAUCACUGAAGCAUAUACUGAGGAUUCUGGGACCUAUAAGGUCACGCUUCAGAACACAGCUGGCGAGACUCACAGAACUUGUCAGGUCAACGUAGAAAACUUCUACUCUAGUGCAGCUGAGGAGAUGUCUAUUGCAUCAUUGGAAGCAGAGCCCCAGAAACCAAGUUUCAUGCAGCCCCUGGCCCCAGCACGUGAGGUCAUGGAAGGAAGUCGUGUUCGAUUAGACUGUGUGAUAACCGGUCACCCGGAACCAGAGGUGAUCUGGUUUCGAAAAGACAAACCAGUGAAAGAGUCUAAGGAUAUCCAGCUGCUGUUCGAGGGUGACCGAUGUACACUGAGUAUCCGUGAGGCUUAUCUAGAGGACAGCGGUCUAUAUCGCUGUUUGGCACGUAACCAGCAAGGCGAGGCUGAGAGCGUCUGUAAACUCCAUGUAGAACCAUUAAGUGAGUUGAGCGACGCCUCAUGUGGAGAAGUUGCUGCCCCGAAGUUCACGCAAUUGUUGCGUGACUUGUCGAUCCCAAUUGGUCACCGUGUGUGUCUGCAAUGUCGGGUGACAGGUCAUCCCGUCCCAGACAUCCAGUGGUACAAGGACAACAAACUCAUUGAAAACAGUCCUGAUUAUCAGGUUACUGCCUUUGCUGACGUUCACAAUCUGACGAUUCCCGAGACAUUUGAGGAAGAUACUGGAAACUACAUGGUUCGUGCUACGAACCUUGCUGGUGAGGCAAAAUGUUACGCCAAGCUGUCGGUGAAGGCUCCAACUCAGCCAAUCCAGGAGGCUGAGGUGAUGCGUAUCCGACGCGUGGUGGAAACAAAGGAGUCCAACAUGAUCGUCAAACGUGAGGAUGGUUUGGAACAAUCACCGCCAGAGUUCCAGAAACUCUUCCAAGACAUGACUGUCAAUGCCGGGGACAACGUCACAUUUGAAUGCGUAAUUACUGGCAGUCCUAAACCAAAGGUCACAUGGUACUUCAAUGGGGAACCUGUUGUUUCCCGUGAUUACCAAAUCUCCAUGGAGUCAAGCAAGUACAGAUUACACAUCCCGGAGGUGUUCGAUGAGGAUGCGGGACGCUUCUCCAUUACUGCCGAGAACCCAUCGGGCAAGGCAACUUGCUCAGCUUGUCUGAAUGUAGACGAAGAACCAACUAUACCUAAAACAAGAAUAUUUGGAAACACCGAGAUGUUGUCCAAACGUGUGUCUCGUACGGAAACAACAACAACCGAAACACAUGUCAAGCACAUAUUUGAGUCGACACAAAGAGACACAUAUAUACCAUCAUACGAGUCUCAUUCGACCACCAUCCUGACAGAUGUGUCCGACGCAGAGCCUGUACCAAUGAUCGGAGCAACGGAACAUUACGCUACCACUCUCAAGACAGACGUGCCGCCCACCUUCAAGCCGGUGGAUCUGACAAUUGCUGUGCCAAUCCCUCCUAAGUUCCUCCAGCCGCUGAAAAACAUCACGGCUGCGGAGGGCAGUAAGGUCGUUUUUGAGGGAGUUGUGUCAGGCAAACCCCAGCCAACUAUCAAGUGGUUCCGUGAAGGGAAACAACUCACGGACAAAGCAGACUUUGAGAUUGGCUACAGAGACGGACGUGUCUCACUUACCAUUCCAGAAGUUUUUGAGGAGGAUGCCGGGCGUUUUGAGUGCCAGGCUGACAAUGAAGGAGGUCAAGCUACUAGCUCUUCACAACUCGUAGUGAGAGCUACAAUGAUUCCUCCAAUGUUCACGGAGAAGCUAAAGAUCACAGAAUGCCGUGAAGGCCAGGCCGUGCGUUUCAGAGUGCGCGUGUCAGGUCAGCCACCCCCAACUGUAACCUGGUACCGUGAAGGCGCCCAGGUGGUGAGCUCCCCAGACUUUGAGAUCAUCACGGAGGGUGACCUCCACACUCUGUACAUUCCAGAGGUGUUUCAAGAGGAUGGCGGAAACUUUACUGUUACUGCCGAAAAUCCUGCUGGACACGCCCAGUGUACAACUGAACUCAGGAUUCUGGCCCCAAUGGAUCAGACCCCUGCCCCUGUACACAAGCCUGUAAUAGGGGUAAAGGAGACUUUUGACCAGAUGAGGGCCCCACCUAGAGAAGCCCCCAAGCCUUUCGAGCCCACAGAGGAACCAAGCGCAAAGGUUCCAAAGCUGCAACGCCCAUCACAGUUUGUUAAAAGGCCAGAACCAAAACCGAAAAUGUUCACAGAAAAGGUGGAGGUACCCGUAGAGAGCAAGCCACAGUUUGCUCCCUUUGAGAAGCGCAUUCCGCUUUUCAAAGAACCUGCACCAGAGGAGGACGUACCUCCACCACUACCAUUAUCUAAACCUCCAGUGUUUGUGACAACCAAGGAGAAACCUAGCUUCACGCAGACAUUGAAGAAUAUUUCUGCUUGUGAAGGAGAACGGGUCGUGUUUGAGUGUCGCAUAUCUGCUCAUCCAGAACCUAUUAUCAAAUGGUUCAGAGAAACAAUAGUGAUCUCAAGUUCACCUGAUUAUGAGAUCACAUGGGAGAACAACACUGCCAGACUGACCAUCGCUGAGAUAUUCCCUGAAGAUUCGGGAGUCUUCAAAUGUGUGGCUACUAACGCUGAGGGAUGUGCCAUAUCUGAAGCCAGACUCGAAGUCAAACCGGCAACGCCAGAGAAAGACGUUCCAAUCAGGGAAGAACCAGUUCAGCAGAUGAAGGCACCGAAGCGUGAAGAAAAGGCACCAAUGGUGACCCCUAUCCGUCCACAAUUCACAGACAAACCUGGAAAUUCACGCCUUGUUGAGGCUACCAACACCAUCUUUGAAUGUCAUGUGACUGGAGUGCCCUUCCCAGAAAUCACCUGGAAAAAGAGGGGAUUCCCCAUGAGAACUGAUAACAGACACAGAAUGACUGUUGACACCUUAAGUGGUCGUUGUUCAUUGACGAUUUCUCACUGUCGUCCUGAUGAUGCUGGAGAGUACACAUGUACUGCGGUCAAUUUGGCUGGAGAAGAUACUGUUACAGCCACUCUGUUGCCUGCUGAAGUGAGGGCUCCCUCACCACCGCCUCCUCCGAUACCAUCAAUCCCUGUGGCUCCGCUGAAGAGCUGGCAGCCGGUCUCAGCUGAGCCAAAGGAGAAGUAUGUUCCUGUCCAGGAACCAGUAACCAGGAAACCAUGGGAACCUGUUCAGGUCCAGAAACCACAGCCUGCUCCUCAGAAGACAUGGGAACCACCCAUGACAGAGCUGAGGGCACGUAUGGAGGCUCCACAGCGUCAGCCCCAGGAGUUUGUGGUCACUCGUGCUGAGAAAAUACUUGAGAGUAACCUCCAGUAUAGACAGUCAAAGGAACCAGAGAAAAAGAAACAACCGCCUGUACAAGACUUCCAGUCUGUUGGGUUUGAGCAGCGACUGAUGAGUGAGAAUUACAUGCGUGAUGGACACAUCAAGAUUUCAAGUGAGACAGAAACUUCAGAAUAUGAAUCUGAACUUCAGGAUGACCGUGGACCACCGGCGCCACCUGCUAGCCCAGCAAUCAUCCAGAAACUUAAGGACUUCCGUCUCAUUGAGGGUUCAGAUGCAACCUUUGUAUGUAGGGUCACAGGUCGUCCGAGGCCAAAGAUUGCAUGGUACAAAAAUGGCCACCGGAUCAAACGAUCAAACAGAUAUGAGAUGAAAUAUACCAAAGACGGAUACUGCACACUCCGUAUCCGAAUUGCCUUGCCAGAGGACGCUGGUCACUUCACCAUCUUAGCUGUCAAUGCAGCAGGCAAGGCCACCUGCUCUAGCAUGCUGUAUGUGGACGGUGUUGGUCAGAUUGACUCCACCUCUUUUGUGGCUCCAACCACACUAGAAAAGAUGACCAAGGACAAGACCAAAGCCCAGAAGCCUGAGGACCAAAGUGGAAUCCUUGAGGCACUGUUACGCCCAACCUUCAAAAAGGUUCCUGAGAGUUUACAGGCCAGGGAAGGUCAAACAGUCAGACUGGACACUGUUGUGUCUGGCCGCCCAGCCCCUGAGCUCACCUGGUACAGAGAUGGACAGCCUGUCCGCAACGACAUGAAUCAUAAGACGGUUGUCAAUGAAGAUGGAGUGAAUUCACUUAUCAUUCUGUCUGCAAGCCGCUACGACGCUGGAACUUAUAUGUGUGUAGCUAAGAGCAAAGCUGGGGAAAAUUCUUUCAAUGUUAUCGUCUCUAUUCUAGAGAAAGAAAUGCUUCAGCCACCGAAAUUCCAGAACAGAAUACCGAAUAUUACUGCCAAGGCUGGAGAGCCUAUAACACUGACUUGUGACGUCACAGGUACACCUACCCCUAUGAUCAGCUGGCAGAAAGAUGGAAAAAUGCUGAUUCCUAGCAGCCCAUACAGGAUUGACAUAGAGGGUAACAGAUCUACAUUGUAUAUAGAACGCUGUGAGCCAGCAGACUCAGCAUGGUUCCAGUGCUCGGCCGUCAAUGUGGCUGGAAGUGCCACAACACGGGCCAAGGUUGUCGUACCAGCUGAGAUGCCAAAACCGGAACCUAUGAAGAAGUUCACGAUACCCAAAGUCUCUUCACCACCACAUGUGGCUACCAAACCGUCACAGGUGGUGCCAAAAGUAGCACCACAGGAACAAGCCAAAGCUCCCCCUGCAAGGAUGCCAGGAUCGCAGUCACCACCUCACUAUGACAUCCAAUCAGAAGGCUUGGUACAACAGAUCUCGUACAGCACGGAGGCAGGAAGUGCUCUUAUGCGUCUAAUUAAGGAGGAGGAUGCAUCAAGGAUUGUAACAAAGGCACAUAUAACACCUGCACAUCCACCCAUGGUUCCCAUGGCAACACCUGAGGCAGCACCACCAACCGCAGAGGAACCAAUGGAAGAGGAGGAAACUGUACUGCCUCAGAAUGUGGCUGAUGCUAAGAGGAGAUUUGAAACUCCAGAGAAAUCAUUGCCACCUGUUGGUAAGCCACCCAAGGCUCCAAUUAAACAUGUGGCAUCACCCAAACCAGUGGCACCACACAAACCUUCACCUAAGCCUGUGGCACAGGAACCAAUGUUCCGCCCAGAGACAGUAAAACGUGACGAGGUACCACCGACUCAAUCACCAGUGAGACAUGUCCAGCCACCGACUCCAUCACCAGUGAGACAUGUCCAGCCACCGAGUCCAUCACCAGUGAGACAUGUCCAGCCACCGAGUCCAUCACCAGUGAGACAUGUCCAGGCCCCCAGGGCUAAGGAGCCAUCACCGAUGGAUGUUCUCCCAAUUCCACCUGGCGUACCUGGAGCCUAUGACAUCCAAUCAGAAGGCCCAGUUCAGAUGAUCACCUAUGUAUCAGACACUGAGGCUGGCUACCUCCGUCUUGUGUCAGAGGAUGAACUUGAUUCAUCACGAUCAAGAUCUGUGUCUAUGGAAAGACCACGCCUUCCAAUGCCAAAACCGAGGACACUGACUGUACUGUCAUCCACAGAGGAAGAAUAUGACCGGUAUGACGAUAGACCGAAACACGAACCACAGCUUCCCGCGUCACUGCAGACCAAGUACAAACAGUUCAGACCUGUUAAACCACCGCAGCAACGCAAGAAAAAGAAGUCUAAGACACCAUCACCACCAAAGGAACAACCACCAGCUCCUGCUGUAGUGCCACAACAGGCUCCUAAGCCACCACAAGUGGCCCCUGCGCCACCACAAGUGGCACCUCCACCUUUUGUGCCACAAGAGGUCCAAAAGCUACCAAAAGUUGCCAUGUUUGAGCCAAGAAAGGAGAAAGUGGCCCCUAAAGUGUCCCCUAAGCCCCAAGGGAGAUCACCACCAAUGGUGUCCCCUGUUGCAACACAAAUUGAUAUACCGGUGUCUGGAACCCCUGCACCAGUGGAGUUCUAUGUCCCUAAAGGACAGGAGGCUUCCUCAUCAUUAGAACUUACAAAAAUGGUGAUGGUUCCCUCCGAUUCUGAGAAAGAAAAGUCGGAAGCUACCAUUACAAUCAAACAGGCAGUCCUGCGUAGAGGGCAGCCACCAGUACCAGCAGCUAGAAUUGUCCGCAAGACGUCUGAGCCGCCGAAGGACAAACUUAUUAUUGAGGUUAAAGAACAACAACUGCAUGAUCCCGCUCCAGUUAGGCAGCGGGAACCUGUUCGUGCUCCAACAGUUCCUAAGGCAGCCACAACUGUCAGAGAGUCCCAGGACAGGGAAUACUGGUCACCAGAGAGGAAGGACGUGAUUAAAGUCAAGGAAACCAUUGAAGCUACAUGGGAUAGAGUGUUUGCCGCGGAGAAUUUCUGCUACAGGGAUUAUUUGGGUGUAAUCGGGGGAGCCCCUGAUUUGUUGUCUCUUGUCAGAAUUGAAGAUCAGGAUAGCGCUGUGCGUGAGUACAUCCGCCGCGAGGGUGAAGCACCUGCUCAAGAGGACAUCUAUGACAAACAUAAACCCAAGAAACCCUGGUUCAAGACACAGAUAAGGAACCUGAUGGGCCUGAAGGAGAAUGACUCCGCCCACUUUGAGUGUAAGCUCCUUCCACUUGGCGAUCCUACUAUGGAGAUCGAGUGGUUUAAGGAUGGACAACCACUUCAUCAUGGUCAUCGCUACAAGCCCAUGCAUGAUUUUGGCUUUGUCUGCCUUGAUAUUUUAUACACCUACCCCGAAGAUUCUGGAGAAUACUCUUGUACUGCCCGCAACUCUCAAGGGGAGGCAACCACAACUGCUGUUCUCCGAUGUAGAGGACGCCGGUCCAUCAUCAUGGAAACACAGCUUCCAGGAGAAGGUGCCAUGCGUCUUCAAGAGAUGGAGGAAUACUGGAGAAGUAACAUGUACCUAGAAGAGAGAAUUAUUGAUGAACCGAGGGAGCGAUUCCCACCUUCAAUUGAUCUCAAACCAGAACCUGUUGAAACUGGUGAAGGAGAGGUCGCCAAGUUCAUGAUCAAAGUCAGCGGUUACCCACGACCCCGUGUCAACUGGUGGGUCAACGGAACCGUUAUCAUGGGUAGCACACGUUUCAAACUGCGUUACGAUGGCAUGAUUCACCACCUUGAAAUUCCACGUGUACGAGAGUAUGAUGCAGGACAAAUCCGUGUUGUGGCCAAAAACACUGAGGGUGAGGCCGAGGCCAGUACUACAUUACAUGUGAUGCCAAAAGAGGACUGGAGGUCACACCUACGACAAGCACCCAAAGGAGAACUAGAAAUUGAACUUGAGCGCAGACGUAAAAUUGAAAUGCGCUCAGUUGAGCUCGUUUCAGCCAUGGAAAGGCCUAAGGCUACCACUAUCGAACUCAAGCAGAUCGAGAGAGCUGCUGAGAAACGUGUAGUGAUGAGACAAGAGAAAGAGGUGAUGAAUGCAGAACAGCUGUAUUUGUCUGUUCAGUCCAAACCCACGAUGCGUGAAUUGCCUGCCCGAGUGGUCAGAGCUGACCGUCCAGAAAUUCAGGUUGACAUCCAAAAGGCCCGCAUGGUGCCAGUCAUCCCCGAACAGGGUGCCCCUGACGAGAGCAAAAUAUCUGAAUCCCAGAUUAUCCUGGAGCGUCGUGAACCACCUGUAUUCACGAAACCUCUACGUCCUGUCAGAGUCACUGAAGGCAACCCAAUAACACUUGAGGUACACUUCAAGGGCUACCCACCACCGAUUAUAUCUUGGUACAGAGACAGCUUCGAGAUCAAACCAUCACAUGACUUUCAGAUUUCUGUUACGGAAACAGUGAGCACAUUGUUUAUCCCAGAAGUCUUCCCAGAAGACACUGGUAUGUACAUGGUAAAGGCUUACAACAUGUACGGCACCGUCCAGUGUAAGGCGAAGAUGACCGUUAUUGAAGAGGAAUCACCAGAGCGUGACAUACCCCCAGAGUUCCGCAGUCUGAUUCGUGAUAGUAACGUUGUUGAGGGUGAACCUGCAACAUUUGAUUGCCAGGUCUCCGGACGCCCCAAACCCAAAAUCCACUGGCAGAAGGAUGGAAAGACUCUGUCGGAGAGUCCACGCUGGAAGUUCAUAGAGGAGGACAACAACUUCACUAUGGUUAUCUACGAGGUUACUCCAGAAGAUAUUGGCCAGUAUGAUUGUGUAGCCAUCAACACUGUUGGGAAAGCAACUUGCACUGCUAGGCUGAACGUAGAAAUUCCUGUCAAGGCACCAGAGGCAGAGGAACAGAAGCAAGUGGAAGCUCCAGUUGAGCCACCAGUGGUAACUGAGGCGCCACAAAACCUGGAGGUUGACGAGGGUGAACCAGUCACCUUCACUUCAAGAAUCACAGGGUCUCCACCACCAAACGUGACAUGGUACAGAAACAAUGUACUUAUCAAACCGUCCAAAUACUUCCGCAUGGAAUCAACACCAGAUGGCACUCACAGCCUCAGUAUUCUGGAAGCCUUCCCAGAAGACACUGGUAACUACCGUUGUGUUGCACGUAACAAGGCUGGAGAGGUGACAUGUUCUGCCACUCUGAAGGUACAUGCUUUAGAGAGUGAAGCAGAGGCUCCAGUCCCUGCCCAGAAGGACACGCCCCCAAGCUUCACCAAACCAAUCUCCAACACACUUGUGGUGGAGGGAAGCCCUGCCACAUUUGAAGCUGAAUACAGCGGCACACCAGAACCGACUAUCACCUGGUUGAGGAACAGUCUUCAGGUCCUACAAGACUCCACCAACUACAAGAUUGAGCGUACAAGCACCAAGACAAUUCUGACGAUCCGCGAGGCUCGCCCUGAGGACAGCGGUCUAAUCACCUGUCGCAUCAAGAAUGUCGCUGGCACUACUGAAUGCUCUGCAGAACUCUAUGUCCAAGACACAGAGGAAGCCCGUCUACUGGAGGAGAAGUAUAUCACCACAAUCAAGACAACUCCACCAGAGUUUGUUAAAGCCUUGUCUCCAGUACAGGAAAUACAGCCUGGAGGCACUGCUAGAUUGUAUGCAUCUAUCAACGCUUACCCGCCUCCUAAGUAUCAGUGGUUCACCAAGGGUGUCCAGAUUGUGCCUAGCGAGCGACGACAGAUGGUACAGGAGGAUGACACGAUAAUCCUCAUCAUCAUUAACGUACAGGAGGAAGACUCGGGUGAUUACAUUCUCAAGGUCGAGAAUGAAAUGGGAGAAGUUACCUGUAGGACUACAUUGACUGUCAGAGGUAAACAACAGUAUCAGGUGUCAAUGCCACCUGCGGACACCGAGACACUGACCAUCAAAGAGACCACUACCAUGGUCACUCGUGAGGAGCGUUAUGUUACGGAGAUGAUCAAACCAGAGAUGAUUGAAGCACUCGAGCCAGAAAUCUAUGUCCGAGAACGAGGAAUAGCAAAGCUGCAGUGUAAAGUAGACAGCUACCCUCCACCCCUCGUCACGUGGUUUGUGAAUGGAAUGGAGAUCCGUCCAUCACCACAUUAUGAGAUGACAACAGAGGAGGGAAACAGCGUCCUCCUCAUCAUAGAAGUCGGGCCAGAGGACACCGGCGAGUAUACCUGUCGUGCUGUCUCUGAACUUGGAGAGGUCAUGUCUAGCACAACCCUCUAUGUAGAAGAGCCACUGACAAAAGAAUUACCAGUUUUGCCUAAAAAACCAGAAGAGAAGAUCUCCUUGGAGCCCUCUCCAUCAGAAGAACUGAUGCCUCCCCGAUUUGUUGAGGUGCUGCCUUCUAUGGAGACAUACGAUGGAGAUGAAGUGAAGAUUCCCUGCAAGGUGGUAGGAAAGCCACCACCCCAGAUAUCUUUCUUCCACAAUGGAAAGAAUAUCGACCACGACGAGGAGUAUGUGGUGUCUUACAACCCAGAUACUGGGGACAUACAUCUCCUCAUUGUGGAGGUGUUCCCUGAGGACGAGGGAGAGUAUGUAUGUGUAGCAUCCAAUCCUGCUGGCGAGGCAAGCACACGCGCAUACCUCACCGUUCUCUCUCCUGAAGACUCGGUCGAUGCCGCACCAAUGGAAACUGAAGUUGUAGCUCAGUAUAUUGAGCGACCCAAACUUGAACCUCUUGUGAAGGAGGAACCACCUGCAUCACCACCACCAGAGAAACCAGUGAAGAUGGAGGUCACUGAGGAGAGGAAAUCAGAAGAACCAAUGGAGGAAGUUCUAGAGGAGGUUAUGGAACAAAUGACCAAACCUCAAAUCAUUGAACGGGAGAAAAAGGUUCCCUUGGAACCAGAGAGAGCUCCUGAAUCUCCAGAAAGAGUUGUUAAGGUUACUGUAGAACACAAACCUGCUCCGAAAACAGAAGAAACACGUACUGAGAUCUGUGAAGCGACUUUGCUUCCUCAAGCUGUUACUAGGAAGUUUGAGCUGCCAGAUGUGGCAGGAAAGCCAGUAGAUGAAGAGGUUAGUAAGGAGGACUCCCUGAUUGGCGAGGAGAAACCCCCACAGAAAGAGGAAGUUGUCAGUCAGUUCACUCUGGAAGAGGCACAGGAAGUCACAGAGAUUCCUCCAGAGUUUGUCGAGCUCCUUGAGCCCCAGAUGAUUCCUGAUGGAGAAGAGGUUACCAUGACUUGUAGAGUUGAAGGUACACCCUUCCCUACUGUUACGUGGUAUCGUGAACGUCAGGAGAUUAUUCCCAGCGCUGACUUUAAGAUCACAACAGAUGACACCACUGGAGUCUGUACCCUGUACAUACCAGAGGUGUUCCCGGAGGACGCAGGAGAAUAUGCAUGUAGAGCGGUAAACCCCUUCGGAGAGGCUGUUACCACAGCAACCCUUCUGGUUCACACCAUGCCAGAAGAACCAGAGAAGGAAGAUGUUGAAGUCAUCGAGGAGAAAUAUGUGACCAAAAUAGAAAAAUCUCCGGAGUUUGUGCGUCCUCUUAAUCCUGUCUUUGAUGUAGAGGAAGAUCAAACUGCAAGACUGGAAGUUGAAGUGGUGGGCGAACCUAGACCAAAAGUCACAUGGUACGUGAACGAGGUUCGUUUGAUGCCAACACCACGUAUUCAGAUUAUUGAUGAGCGUACUACGUCAACGUUAGUCAUCAUGAAGGUUGUACCCUCCGAUUCCCAGGACUACAUCUGUGUAGCCGAGAAUGACCGCGGUGUGGUCACUUGCAAGACUACAUUACAUGUCACACCAAAGAAAAAAGUUGAGUUUGCUCUGCCGAGAGAGGAACGUCCUAAGCAGUCAAAACCAGAGACUGUGAAGUAUCCGGUGUCUGAGGACGAAACAGGUCCCAGUGCGAGUGAAGAUGAGCUUCCUGAAGAAAUGAGAGUUCCACCAGUUUUCACACAACUUUUACAACCCAAGAUUGUUCGGGAUGGGGAGCGUGUUGAGUUUCUCGUUCACUUUCGUGGAAUCCCACAACCAAAAGUCAAGUGGUUCCACGAUGGACAUGAACUUAAACCAUCCACUGAUUUUCAGAUCACUGUGAAUUUCAAUACAGGGGAGAGUACUCUAGUCAUUGUGGAGGUCUUCCCGGAGGAUGAGGGCGAAUACACUUGUUCUGCUCGAAACCGUUACGGGGAGACGAUAACAACCUGUCGCCUCACAGUUGUUGCCUAUGAGUAUGUACCUGACACUGAGGAAGCUUCAGACUCCUUCCUGUCAUCCAUUGAAGCCGCCUCCCCAAAGCCUCACAUUGACUCAGACUCUGAAAUAUCAACUGUCGCUAAGGAAUUUGAGGAGCAGAUCCAGAAGGUCAAAGAAAAAAUGGAGAUUGAGAUACUUGAAGCAAAAGAGGAACCAGCUCAAUCCCAGGAAGUGGAAAUUCAGGCAGGCACAGUAGAGACAACUGAAGUAGAAGAGACAGAGGAAGUGGCACCAAUCACACAAGAACCACAACCGGAGGAAGCUAAGCCUCUUGACGUCACCACCGAGGCUGUCCAACCAACAGCUAUGGCACCAGUGGCCAGUGUUACAGAAACAACACAAGAAGUAGCACCAGCAUCAGAAGAGGUUGUUUCAAUCACACAGGAACCACAACCUGAAGAAGCUAAACCUGCUGAUGUCACAGAAAGUGUCAUAGAGACCACACAGGAAGUGGCACCCUCUUCAGAAGAAGUGGCUCCAAUCACACAGGAACCACAAGUUGAGGAAACUAAGCCUGCUGAUGUCACAGAAAGUGUCAUAGAGACCACACAGGAAGUGGCACCCUCUUCAGAGGAAGUGGCUCCAAUCACACAGGAACCACAACCUGAGGAAGCUAAGCCAGCAGAGGCUGUCCAGCCAAUAGCAGUGGAACCAGUGGAGACACCGACCACACAGGAAGUGGUACCCUCUUCAGAAGAAGUGGCACCGACCAUACAGGAUGAGGAACCAACAGGUGAGGAUGUAGUUCCCUUUACACAGGAAUCACAACCAGAGCAGACAAUUCCUCUUGAAAUUACAACAGAAUCAGACUUAGAAAUGGAUUCAGUUCAGAUCUUGACUGAAACUACUGAGAAGGAAAUUGAGAUUUCUGAGGUUUCAGAAGUCCCAGCACCAAAACAAGAAGUACCUGUGUUUGUGACACCCCUCUCAGACAUGCAAGUUGCCAAGGGCACUUCUGUGAGGUUUGAGGUUAGCUUCACAGGCACCCCGACACCAGAGGUUGCCUGGAUCUUGGAGAAGGAGGAGCUGCUGCCAUCACAAGAUAUUGAGAUUACAAUCCAAGAACACCAUAGUGUCCUUGUACUGCAUGAGGUCCUUCCAAAGGAUGAGGGUCAAUAUAUUGUUGAGGUCACCAAUCCUGUUGGCAAGGCAACGACCACAGCAUACCUCCAAGUAACAGAUGUCGUGGUGAAGCCUGCUGAGAAACAAGAGUCCCCAACACAGGAGGUAUCCAUUGAGGAGGAAGUCCUCAGCCCUGAGGAGACAGUUGAGGUCAAGGUUACUCCAGAGGACACAACAAAGCCAUCUGAGGUACCAUCUGAGGCUGCUGAAAUCGAAGUAGUCAUUCCUGGUGUCUCUGAAACAACUACACAGGAGGUUACUGAAAUAAGUGAGGUCACAGAGGUCAUCUCCACGGUGAUUAAGGAGGAGGAUGUUCCCACUUUUGUGUCCAAGCUCAAUGACAUGCAUGUGACAGAAAACACAACAAUCCGAUUUGAUGUGACUUACACUGGCAAGCCUGAAAAGGUCACAUGGUUUCUGGAUGGCGAGGAAAUUGAGCCAUGCAAGGAGAUAGAAAUUGUGACAAAAGAACACCACAGUGUUCUCCUGUUCCACGACGUCAUGCUCGAGGAUGAGGGAGAAUACACCGUUGAGGUGGUCUCUAAAGAAGGCACUAUCACAUCAACUGCCUAUCUUCAUGUUCAUGAUGUGGUGAUGAAGCCUGCUGAGAAACAAGAGGCUCCGAUUCAGGAGGCAUCCAUUGAGGAGGAAGUCCUCAGCCCUGAGGAGACAGUUGAGGUCAAGGUUACUCCAGAGGACACAACAGAGCCAUCUGAGAUACCAUCUGAGGCUGCUGAAAUCGAAGUAGUCAUCCCUGGUGUCUCUGAAACAACUACACAGGAGGUUACUGAAAUAAGUGAGGUCACAGAAGUCAUCUCCACGGUGAUUAAGGAGGAGGAUGUUCCCACUUUUGUGUCCAAGCUCAAUGACAUGCAUGUGACAGAAAACACAACAAUCCGAUUUGAUGUGACUUACACUGGCAAGCCUGAAAAGGUCACAUGGUUUCUGGAUGGCGAGGAAAUUGAGCCAUGCAAGGAGAUAGAAAUUGUGACAAAAGAACACCACAGUGUUCUCCUGUUCCACGACGUCAUGCUCGAGGAUGAGGGAGAAUACACUGUUGAGGUGGUCUCUAAAGAAGGCACUAUCACAUCAACUGCCUAUCUUCAUGUUCAUGACAUUUCAAUGAAGCCUGUUGAGCCUUCUUCAGCUCCGACAGUUGAGGAAUCUCUCGAGCCAGAAGAGACAGAGGAUGUUUCUGUGGCAACUGAGGAGACAACCACAUCUUCUGAUAUCACAAUUGAGGUUGGCACUGCUGUUGUAGAAACAAAACGGGAAAGUAAAGUACCAACAAUGGAAGAGACACUACCAGAGGAAGAAACUAAAGCCUUGGAUUCUGUUCCUUCAGAGGAACCAGCCACUUCUGAAAUUGAAGUAGUUGGAACUACUCCAGAAAAGGAAACUCCUCAAGAGACAAAAACAGCCCCUGAUGAGGAAAUCCUGCCUGAAGAAGAAACUGUUGUUUUGGAUGUUGUCAAACCUGAGGAACCAGCUACUACUGAAAUUGAGGUAGUUGAAGUUAUUCCAGAAAAGGAAACUCCUGAGGAAACAAAAACAGCCAUUGACGAGGAAAUCCUGCCUGAAGAAGAAACUGGUGUCUUGGAUGUUGUCAAACCAGAGGAACCAGCUACUACUGAAAUUGAGGUAGUUGAAGUUAUUCCAGAAAAGGAAGCUCCUGAGGAAACAAAAACAGCCAUUGACGAGGAAAUCCUGCCUGAAGAAGAAACUGGUGUCUUGGAUGUUGUCAAACCUGAGGAACCAGCUACUACUGAAAUUGAGGUAGUUGAAGUUAUUCCAGAAAAGGAAGUUCCUGAGGAAACAAAAACAGCCCCUGAAGAGGAAAUCCUGCCUGAAGAAGAAACUGUUGUUUUGGAUGUUGUCAAACCUGAGGAACCAGCCACUACUGAAAUUGAGGUAGUUGAAGUUAUUCCAGAAAAGGAAGUUCCUGAGGAAACAAAAACAGCCCCUGAUGAGGAAAUCAUGCCUGAAGAAGAAACUGUUGUUUUGGAUGUUGUCAAACCUGAGGAACCAGCCACUACUGAAAUUGAGGUAGUUGAAGUUAUUCCAGAAAAGGAAGCUCCUGAGGAGUCAAAAACAGCCACUGAUGAAGAAAUUUUACCUGAAGAAGAAACUGGUGUUUUGGAUGUUGUCAAACCUGAGGAACCAGCCGCUACUGAAAUUGAGGUAGUUGAAGUUAUUCCAGAAAAGGAAGUUCCUGAGGAAACAACAACAGCCCCUGAUGAGGAAAUCAUGCCUGAAGAAGAAACUGUUGUUUUGGAUGUUGCCGAACCUGAGGAACCAGCAACUACUGAAAUUGAGGUAGUUGAAGUUAUUCCAGAAAAGGAAGUUCCUGAGGAAACAAAAACAGCCCCUGAUGAGGAAAUCAUGCCUGAAGAAGAAACUGUUGUUUUGGAUGUUGCCGAACCUGAGAAACCAGCCUCUACUGAAAUUGAGGUAGUUGAAGUUAUUCCAGAAAAGGAAACUCCUGAGGAGACAAAAGCAGGCACUGAUGAAGAAAUUUUACCUGAAGAAAAAACUGGUGUUUUGGAUGUUGUCGAACCUGAGGAACCAGCCACUACUGAAAUUGAGGUAGUUGAAGUUAUUCCAGAAAAGGAAGCUCCUGAGGAAACAACAACAGCCCCUGAUGAGGAAAUCCUGCCUGAAGAAGAAACUGUUGUUUUGGAUGUUGUCAAACCUGAGGAACCAGCCACUACUGAAAUUGAGGUAGUUGAAGUUAUUCCAGCAAAGGAAACUCCUGAGGAGACAAAAACAGCCCCUGAUGAGGAAAUCCUGCCUGAAGAAGAAACUGUUGUUUUGGAUGUUGUCAAACCUGAGGCACCAGCCACUACUGAAAUUGAGGUAGUUGAAGUUAUUCCAGAAAAGGAAACUCCUGAGGAGACAAAAACAGCCCCUGAUGAGGAAAUCCUGCCUGAAGAAGAAACUGUUGUUUUGGAUGUUGUCAAACCUGAGGAACCAGCCACUACUGAAAUUGAGGUAGUUGAAGUUAUUCCAGAAAAGGAAACUCCUGAGGAGACAAAAACAGCCCCUGAUGAGGAAACCCUGCCUGAAGAAGAAACUGUUGUUUUGGAUGUUGUCAAACCUGAGGAACCAGCCACUACUGAAAUUGAGGUAGUUGAAGUUAUUCCAGAAAAGGAAACUCCUGAGGAGACAAAAGCAGCCCCUGAUGAGGAAAUCCUGCCUGAAGAAGAAACUGAAACUGUGGAUUCUUUACUCCCAGAAGAACCAAAAACUUUGAAUGUUGAGGUCACAGAAGCUACUCCAUCAAAAGAAGCUCCUAAAGAAACAAAAACUGUUUCAGCUGAAGACACCAUUCCACAAGAAGAUGUUUCCAUAGUAACUGAGAUUGAAGAAGAAAAGACAACUCCAUCUGAAAUUGAAGUCAUUGAAAUCAAACCCAUUAAAACAACCACUGAGCAGACAAAAGUUACUCUUCAUGAGGAAACAGUGGAAAAAACAGAGGUUACUAAAGUUGAGGUUCCUUUUGUACAGGAAACUGUACCUGUAGAGAUUGAAGUCCAGGUUUCCAAGGCAACCACCGACACCAUUGUUACAAAAACUGAAAUUGUCAAAGAAGCCAUACAGACGGUGGAAAUUGAAAUGGUUCCAGAAGAGAAACCAGAAACUGAGACCACAGUCCAAGUACAAGAGAUUUCCUUUGAGGUUGCAAAGAAGGUGGAAACUGUUGAAACCGAGGAAGUCCAGAGUCCUCGUUUCACAACCUCACUCACAGACAUCACCAUCAUGGAAAACAAUGUUCUUCAUCUGGAGGUCGUCUUCACCGCUUGUCCUGCUCCAAAGGUUACUUGGUUUCUUGAUGGUGAGCCAUUGAAACAAAGCGAGGACAUAGAGAUUAUUGUCACAGAAACAAGCAGCGCCUUCAUCAUCAAAGACGCAUAUCCAGAAGAUGAAGGAGAGUACUGGGUUGAACUUACCAACAAAGCUGGUACAGCGAGGUCUACAGCAUACAUCUGUGUCCUACCGCGAAGUGCACCUUCAUCUGAAGCACAAGAAACAGAUGAGGAAUCUUUCUUCAAGGAAACUUUAGAAGUCGUUCCAAAAUCACCAAUCACCAUUCAAGAACUGGAAGAGGAAGAAUCUCUUCCAGAGGAAAAAACUGCAGAAGUUACAGAGAUGAGCAUCCCUGUUAAGGAGGACCUUCCUGAGGUUGUUGAAGAAACUAUAGUAACCACACAAAAAGAGGUUGCUCCGAAACCUCAGAUGUCAGAACUGGAGUUAGAAUUUACUCCUGUAGAAACUCCAGUUGAACAAAUAGAGAUUGAGGAGGAAAAACCUGUAAUUAUCAAAAAGAAACCAGAGAAAACUGAAAUAUCAGUUCCUGUUGAUGUGAAGGAAAUCAAAGAGGAGACUAUCGUUCGAACUGAAAAGGUCAUUGAUAGCAAACCUCAGGUCACGGAAGUUGAAAUUGACAUCACCCCAGAGGAAACAGUUACCACCUCUGAGGUGACAGAAAUUACAAAGAUCACAGAAGAAACUUUCACAGAAUCAGUUUCUAUUGUUCCCGAGGAAAAACCUGCAUCAGAAUUGUCUGAGGUAACUUUAGACGUGAUUGACAAACAACCUGAAGUUGUAGAAGUUGAAGUGACAGCUCCUGAAACUGUCACAGAGACUGUGUUUAGAGAGAGGAUUGAAGUUAGCCAAACAGUUGAAGAUGUUUCUGAAAUCAAAAGUGAACCCAUUGUGGAAUUCCCAGAGGAGGAAGUGAUAGUUAAGACUGAAAAAGAAAUCACUCCGAAACCUCAGAUGUCAGAACUGGAGUUAGAAUUUACUCCUGUAGAAACUCCAGUUGAACAAAUAGAGAUUGAGGAGGAAAAACCUGUAAUUAUCAAAAAGAAACCAGAGAAAACUGAAAUAUCAGUUCCUAUUGAUGUGGAAGAAAUCAAAGAGGAGACUAUCGUUCGAACUGAAAAGGUCAUUGAUAGCAAACCUCAGGUCACGGAAGUUGAAAUUGACAUCACCCCAGAGGAAAGCACUACUGAGAUCAAGAAAACCAUUACUGAGGUGACGGAAGAAUCUGUUAUAGAAUCUGUAAUUACCAUUUCAGAGGAUUUAGCUGAUGUACCAUCUGAAGUGUCUGAAAUCACUUUGGAUGUUGACGAGCAGCCAGACAUUGUCGAGGUUGAAGUUGCAGCACCUGAAUCAGUUACUGAAACGACUUUUAGAGAAACACUACAAAUAGUUAAAAAGGAGGAUGAAACCCCCCUCGAUAUUACUCCCGAGGAAAAAUUCAAAGAGACUCUAGAACUGGCUUCUAAACCACAGACUACAGAGGUUGAAGUUGAGUUUACACCAGUAUUGAAAGAAGAAAUAUUGGUAACAGAUGUUUCCCAGGAA